CGAGAAUAUUUAUAAGUUUGUUGAGGGCGGAAAGGUUGGAUACCCGGUUAGACCAGCCUUCCAAGAGCCCGUGGGAUGCUGCCUGAUUGUCUCCCAUUCCCUGCAUUUCGACACUCACAACCACGACACCAACUACUCUCUUCGCUUGCCUUUUGGUUGUCUCUUCCUCCCCAUUCUUCCCUAUUUCUUACGCAUUUGAACUGUUCACCUGCCUCCAUGGCUAAGGGUGAGAAGAAGGAUCUCCCCCCUUCUCCUAAGCUUGCUGCCUCGCCUCCAGAUCCUCCUUCACCAGCUACCGGUAUCUCGACUGUUCACGCUUCUGGUGUUCCGUCGUCAUUGCCACCAAGCGAGUCCAAUCUUCGCUCUACAUCGCAGGUAUCAUUAGUGUCCACUGAUGUCACACCCCCUCCUCCCACUCAGUCAUUCUCAAGCAUGGAGCCGAAGAUGACUGGAGGCUGCGUACCCCGUAAAUCCAGUUACGCUGAAUCACUGAAAGUGAGCUCCAAGGGUUGGUUUUCGCGAACAGGUACCUGGUCUCGAUCUGGUGGGACAAAAUCCGCUGCUAUAAGAAAGGUAGCUUCUGAAAACGUGUCGAGGGAGCCAAGCAUUGCUGGCGGGCCAAACAAAACGGAGGGAACAAGUGGGCUUGUGCCCGAUGUUGGACCGCUUGAACCUUUACCAUCUACAACAGGGCAAGCAUCGGAACUCCCGCGGGAAUCCACCCCUCCGCCGUCGCUCGAAGAGCCCUUGGCUCCUCCAGCUAUUCCUACCAGUCUCAGUACCACUACUCUUCCAACUGCGGAGCCCUUUGAGGCUCAGCCGGAAGCGCGGCUGCCACUGUCUAUGGAGCCCCUGAACAGUGCUAGUGAUUCAGGAGAUACCAAAGGUUCGCUAGAUCCGGGGCCGGGAAAUGAGUCCUCUGAACGGCCCGCAUCAUACUGGUUCGGUUGGUGGUAUGGCCGACAGGCGAUAGUUGAGCAACCCGUGCCAAAGUCGGAGGCCAUAGGCGAAGGACCAGAAGAAUCCCCAGUGGUUGAGAUUGAGGAUCCGGCCAAACUCGCCCCCCAGUCGUUGGAAACACAAGCACCAUCCACGACGCAGCCGCAAACGCCAACUACGUUGACAACUCGGCCUACAGUGACCGCCGAACAACCGGAGUCUGUCGCCGAUGCUGCCCCUCCAGCAGGCGGUUCCGGCGAUGAUGUAGCCACACUAAGGACUAAAUCUUGGUUUGGCUGGUGGGGUGGACAAUAUCAGGAACUUCCCGUAGAUCCACAAGGUGGGGAUAGAUCGGAAAAUAGGGAGGCAUCAAAUAGUGAGUGUGUCGCAGAUUGCGCACUAUCUCAGCCUCGGGCGGUCCCUGGCGCGGAACCCUCUAUCGGUCUCGAGGUACCGCUGAAGCCUGCCAACCAUUCACAGACCAGUUCGAACUCCGUCACACCAUUGUCACAAACUCCCGAGGCUUCGCAGAUCACCCCGAAGACUUCCACAUGGGCAUUCUGGUCUAGGGAACGUUCAAAACCGUCCGACAAUUCUCUGAAUAGUAACUCAACGACGACGGUGGGUGAACUAGCUGUGGCUGAUACACCAUCCCAAUUAAGCCCACAAAAGGCAAAGGCUAGAGAAAUAUCUCCGAUCUCAAUACCCGACCCCAAGAUGACUCGGACCCUCAACAACUUGCGUGAGGAGUCCCGUCCAGGCACACCGAAGAAGGCGGAAGCAAACACUUCUAUCGCGGCUACGGUCUCUGCCAUCCCCAAACCAACACCAUCCCCUUCACCGAGUAGUGCAAGCACCGCGAAGCAAAAGCUGCAAAAGAUCUUGCCAGCGAACCAUGUCCUCCCGAAUUUUGAUUCUUGCUACCGGCGCUUGAAUCAGCCUUCUAUUUUUUGUCAAAUCACCAAAAUCUUCAAGAGCCAGCCCCCUCCCAACAAGAAGCAUCUUUACCUGACGCCCACACCUCCUAGGAUCAAGAAGGCUGUUGCUAUUGGGGUACAUGGCUUUUUCCCAAUGCGCCUGGUCCGAACGGUAUUGGGGGAGCCGACGGGAACGUCGAUUCGUUUUGCUAACUCUGCUGCAGCCGCUAUAAAGAGGUGGGCUGAGAAGAAUGGUGUUGAGGUCGAGAUCGAGAAGAUUGCUCUGGAAGGCGAGGGAAAGGUUGGGGACAGGGUUGAGAUGCUAUGGAAACUACUUGCAAACUGGAUGGAUCAUGUGAAGAACGCGGAUUUCGUGCUAAUGGCAGCGCAUUCACAGGGUGUGGUGGUGGGGGUUCAGUUAUUGGCGAGGCUCAUAGAAGAAGGGUGUGUGGACAAGGCAAGAGUAGGAUUCACAGCAAUGGCAGGAAUCAACCUAGGACCUUUUUACCAUCUCCCAACAACUAUCUUGACCGGGUCUGCGAAGGAACUCUUCGAAUUUCAGAGGCUGGAGAGUAUUCCAUCGAAAAAGUACAUACAGGCCCUAAGGAUCUGUCUCGCGCAGAAUGUCCGGAUCCUCUACGUUGGUAGUAUAGACGACCAGCUAGUCCCUCUCGAAUCAUCAACAUUCUCAAACAUUAGCCACCCGUACAUUUUCCGGGCAGUUUUCGUGGACGGCAGGGUCCAUGCGCCGGAUUUCUUGAGCCAUCUUGUAGGAUUCGCAAUGAAAUUGAGGAACCUUGGUAUAUCUGAUCAUGGCUUGGUUAGAGAACUAAGUUCUCCUCUGGCUGGAAGCUUAUAUGGCGGUGAGGGGCAUUCCCGGAUCUACGACGACAACGCUGUCUACGACCUCGGCGUCCGUCACGCCCUGGAAACAACCGACUGCCCAGACGUCCCGCUAGGACUAGAUACGUUCGAGCUGCCAACAAACAACAACAACCCCUUCCUCCUCCCCUGGAGCAUGAGGGGCAUGCUAGAGGAACCGCACGUAAAGAGCAAACUAGAAGGCGAGUGUGCUGAGCUACUCGAUCAGUUCCAAAAGUGGAAACCUACCUCCAAGGUUCUUAAGGAUGUCAAGUUUAGAUUAGAAGGUAUCAGGAGUAAAAUUUGAACUUUAGAUCUUCAUAUGGUGCACGCAUGGAAAGAUUGAGUGGGAGGGGAUUGCUCUGGGAUAUACUACAUUACGGAACGGCGCAAAUUAAAAAGUGACUUUUUUUUUCUACAUCCUCCGGCUGGUGCGAUUGUUUGGGGGUCUCUAUGUGUCGCGAUUAGCUUAGGUGUUCUGGAUUCUUUUUUUCUUUUUCUUUUUCUUUUUCUUUUUCUUUCGAUGUAGGCAUAGUUUCUUUUGCUCGCUCUCCACAUUAACAGUAUGAGUGGGCACAGUGCAGUAGUCAGGGUGUGACGCACGGGGAAGCUUCAUGACUGAUGAUGGGUGGUAUCAGAUGAGUCACUAGUUCUGUCAGUUAUUACUUGUAUUAUCCAUUAUUUAUUAGUUAUUUACGGUAUUCCCACUUUUC